CUCUAUUUUACUUGAAAGUGAAAGUAGAUUCGAGCAGGGACGGAUUUCGUAGAUCUAGCCGGUUGCUUGCAGAAACAUAGACAACCAAGCAGACUAGCUGUAAAUAAGCAAAUCAGUCCACUGAAUGCAGGCAUUAGGAUAAUUUACGUUGUAUAUCCACUGAAUGCAGGCAUUAGGAUAAUUUACUUUGUAUUAAGUUGAGUUGGAUGACCACGAUGAUAUUCCCAUUACUAUGUGCCUGUUUGUACUUGCUUAAUUGAUUACUCGCUGAUGCAAUGCAUUAUUUUUCUAUGUAAGGGUCAUUAAUGGAUCUUUUGGGAACUUUUGCAUGGAGUGGAGGAGGACUGUGUGUCAUUUAUGUGUUGCUUCCCUUCAUCGUGAGGUUAUUUCCAUGGAUUGCUCACAAAAUUGUGUUUCUUCACUUUGUGGAACACCCUAAAGUAGUCUUCAAAGACCUGAAAAAGCCAGAAAGCUUUGGAUUAAAGAACACCAGAAAUUUCUACCUUGAUGUUGAUGAAGAAAGUACCAUUGGAGUUUGGCAUGCCUUACCUGAAAAUUCAGGUGACCAAAUUGAUAGUAAUGAUGGAUUUUGGGAAAAGAAGUUGCAAGAGGGAAACCCUAUAAUUCUGUAUCUCCAUGGAAACUCUUCCUCAAGAGCUCAGCCACACAGAGUAGAGUUAAUGAAGCUACUCUGUAAAUUGAACUAUCACGUGGUGGCACUGGACUACAGAGGUUUUGGAGACUCUACUGGUUUUCCGUCAGAAGAUGGUGUGGUCGCUGAUUCGUACUUUCUGUAUAGAUGGAUUAGGAAACGUUCUGGCGAGGUUCCGGUCGUGAUAUGGGGACACUCCUUAGGAACAGGUAUUGGAACAAAACUGACAAAACAACUUUGUGAAAAUGGUGAACCUCCAGAUGGUCUCAUUCUACAGGCCCCAUUCACUAAUCUGAAACACGUAUCAAAACUCCACCCAUUUUCUACUUUGUUUAGAUUCCUUCCAUGGUUCGACUGGGCCAUAUUAAGUGCCUUCGAUAGAAUUGGUCUGCAUUUUAAAUCCGAUGAAAAUAUUGCGAGUGUUACCAUCCCAAUUUUACUUCUUCAUGCAGAAGAUGACUUCACCAUUCCCCAUGAACUUGGUGAACGGCUUCACAAAGAGGCCAGAAGAGUUUGUGAGGUGACCAGCACUGACAUUCACUUUGUGUCCUUUGACAAGAAACACCAAUAUGGCCACAAUGGAUUAUACAAAAGUCCUGAACUUCUACAGCAUGUUGUAAAUUUUGUGGCAUCCUUGAAGAGAUGAAAGAACUAGUGCAGAGAAUAAGUUUACGGCUGAUCCAGGACACCAUUCAUUUGAUGUGAAAGGCUUUGAUCAAAUUCUGAACAUUUUCCACAUUUUUGUUUGCGUUGAUCUCGUAUUAAUAGUCGUUCCACAUUGGUUAGUUAUUUACAGUGUCUUUGUCCAUAACAGGUGUUGCUUCUAGUUUUCAGGGAUCGCACACAUUUAACUCGUGAGGAAAUGGGCGGGAUAAAAAAAAAAAACCCAGUUACAGCUGGUGAAACAGCCUGGUGCAUAACUCUCAUUUUGUUUAUAUAAGAGAUGUAUCUUUAUUCGCUAUUUUUUUAUGUGCAUUUAGAAGAAUGUUUAGCAAAUCUGGGAUUAAAGAACCAGAGUGAUUGCAUGGUCAUGUAUUGUUGGGCUUGCUCAUUGGACUGCUUGACCACUGAAGAUUAUGAUAGCAUUAUGCAAUUUUUUUUAAUCUUCACACUCGUUAUUUCACAUUCUCAAAUAAAAGCAGUUUUUAAAUUAUUUUUCUUAAUGUUUCAAAUCACUGUAAUCUGUAUUUUGCAUCAUUUACAAGUGUGAAAUGAUUUACAAGUUUUUGAAUUUGUCAGCUUGUGGAGAUUAUUGUCUUGUGCUAAAGUUAUCUUCGUAAAUCAAUAUGAAUAUAUUUGUGUGUGAUAUUUGUGUGAUAUAUAUAUAUUGAAGGUAUGAAAAAAGUGUGAAAAUGGAUUAUUUAGCAGAAAUAUUGUGAUAUAUUUUGCAAGCUAAAUAAAUUGGUAGAAUAAUGCCAA